AUGCAGUCUUCCCCGACUCACCCCAGUCUGUUCCCUGCUGCUGCUGACCCAGGUGGCAGAGAGCCCAGGAGCUCCCAGCCAGCAGAGCAUGGCUGGGCCUGGGGUGUCCGCCAGCGCCUUGCUGCCCAGCUCCAAGAGACGGGGAGGCCUGAUCCCCAGCACCUGGACAUGCUCGUGGCAGAGCUGGUCGCUGUGUUUGCGAAGGUGCUGCAGAGGAGCAGCCGAAGUGCCUGGCUGCACCUGCUGGAUGUCCUGCAGCUCCUCAGCCCCUUCCGGGAGCAGCUGCGUUGCCGGGAGGAACUGCUGCCCUACCUGGAGAGCCUCUGUUACCAGUACCACCGCAGUCAGGCCCUCGUGUCUGACCUAGAUGUCCUGGGAGCCAUGGGCCAGGCCUUCCCCAGGGACCACUCAGAGCUGUGUGCCCAUCCACGUGCUGUACACGGCAGGGAUCCAGUGCCCCCAGCCAAUCUGCUCCCUGUUGGCUCCGAGCCAGCCUUCGCAGGGCAGCCCUGCCCCUUUGUCCUAGAGCAGGAGGUCGAAGAACCAGCAGCCGUGUGCCAGCCAGGCCCAGUGUCUUUGCAGGAGUUGCAGAGAUGUGUGGGUCUGGUGGGCAUGGAGCUGGCUCAGGACGAGACCCAGUGGAAAAGCGGCCUGGGCCUCAUGUCCCUCGCCCUUGGUACAGAGGUGCCUGUGAAGUAUUGCUGUGCCGAGCUGAGGCUCCUUCCAGACCCAGGCCGAGAGGCUGCUGCACCCGCUCCACAGGUAGUGGAAGGAGAGCAGGGCUUCUCCUGGCAGUCCCUGACAGGGCUCCGGGCUGCUGAGAUUUUUGUGAGGAACAGGCACCUGAGGAAAAUCAACUUUGUCUACCUCAACGUUGCCCCCAACAGGCACUUCAGGCCCUACGACCUGGUUGUGGUUCCUAAGCGCCAGGCCAACCCCCAGCACUAUGUCUUCUCCCCCUUUGGGGUGCUCCACGUGCACCCUGAAGAAGGUGCUGAGGCCCUGACACUUGGAGAGUGGCACCGAGAGGCCACGCUGUGGCAGCUACUCCAGUGCAUCCCCUUCUUCAAGCACUGCCUCGUCCGCAAAGCCUUUGCCCGCUGGUGGCAGAAUGUGAAGCACCUGCAGCUGCUGAGACGCCAGGAAGCUCUGGGCAGGCACCUGCUCCUGGCUGUGCCCCACUUUGGAGCAGCACUGCUCCACGUCUCCAGACUCCUGCAGGAGCUAAGAUCUGUACACUGGCUGCCCCAGGAUGACUCCAAAUGCUACCCCUUCCCGGAGCUACAGCGGGCCCUGGCCCAAGAGAACGGCCGUGCCCGAGGCCUGCUCAGGAGGUUCCUCACCCUCUGCUCAGCCAUUCUCGAGCUGGUGCGGGAUGACACAUACAAGACAGUGCACGGGCUGCAGACCCAAGUGCAGAGCUACAAGCUCUACAUCACCAAGGAGUCCCUGUAUAAGCAGAGAGUCCACUACAGGGACCUGGAGAGGAGGCUGAAGGAAGCCGAGUUCUGGAUGCAGAGGCUGGGCAGCCUGGCCCAGCUGGUGAACCUCCUGACCUGCCAGAACCUGGUCUCCAUCGUGCAGGAGGAGGUCACAGCGUUCGUUAGCAACGUCAUGAAGGCCAAUGGUACCAUGCGGAAGGCUGUCCUCCGAGUGCACCUGGUGUUUGAUGCUGACAGCCAACUGGUCCCCUUUCCCUCCAGUCAGGUGCUGGAAACCAGCCUGCUGGGGGCCCUGGAGGCCGUGGUGGAAUCUGUACUGCAGGAGACCCGCACCAGGAAAGAGAAGCCAGUGACCCAACCUGAGCAGAGUCCUGGAGAGACAGAGACUCUCAGAAGUCAGGACUUGGCGAUGGUGCUGUGCAAUCCCCAGCCAAGUGCCCUUCGAGAGGCAGAUAAAGGAGGCCCUGAGGCCCUGGCCCCCGAGUCCACCGAUGAGCUGCUCCAGAGUCUGCCUGCUGAGGUGCUCUGUGGCCAGGAGCCACAGCUGGUGCACCAUCUGGAUCUGAAGGUCAUCGGGGGCCUGGAGGUGAGUGGGCACCGGCUGAGGAGCCAGUACCCAGUGCCGUCGAGGGAGCAACUGGAGCAGGACCUGCGCUCGGACAGCAGUAUCCAGGGGGCCCUGGCUAGCCAGCGGGCUUUGCUGGCGGAGGCACUGAGUGAGACCCAGGAGAUCUGCAAGCAGCACACGUGGGUGGCAGAGAUCCACAGCUUUGCUCACAGCUGGAGCCCCAAGCAGCUGGAGCUGAUGAAGGGCUGGCCCGCGGGCAAAUAUGUGCAGCGAGUCGUACAGCUGCGUGCCUGGGCAGAACGUGUCAGAGAGGUGCCUUCCAUGGUCAUCACCUGCAACCGGCUCCUCUUGGUGGAUUGCAGCAGCGUGCAGCAGGAGAUUGUGCCCCUGCUGGACUCCGUCAUCAAAGAGAUCGUCUCCCUGCUGUUGAGUGAAACGUCCCAGCGCAGCGAGAUCCUCAUUUCCGAGCUUGGCGGGGUCGUGCAGCUCUACCAGAGCGUCAGCACUGACAUCUUCACCAUCGCCAAGUGCUCCCAGAAGCUGGAGCAAUACCAGGGCCAGAUGACAGAGCUGCAGGAGCGUGUGGAGUAUGUGCGAGCUCUGAACGAGGUGAUCCGUCAGCACUUCCGCCCACUCAGCCUGGAUGAGGAGAACCUGGAGAACCUGCUCCUGGACACCUGGGAGGCCUUCGUGUACCAGCAGCAGGAGGCCUCGGACUUCAUUGUCUCACGGCGCCUCAGCAUCAUUGCUGAGCUGGUAGACUCGCUGCAGAGAGCCAGACAGGAGCUGCAGGACUUGCUGACCACGGCCACCACAGGGCAGUUCCUGGACCCCUCCCAGAGCCCGCGUGCAAUGGAGCAAGAGCUGCGAGAGCUGUACCGCCGCUUCCAGGCCAUGGCCACCCGGGUGGCUGAGCUGUGCCGCUCCCAGAGGAUCCUCACAGGGGAGCGGACAGACGUCUCCUUUGUAGCCAGGAGCCGGGGGCUCAUUGAAGCCCAUGAGCACAUCUGGAGGCUGCUACGCACCAUCUCCGAGCAGAUCACUGAAUGGAGGUGCCUCGCCUUCAGCAAGUUCAACAUCCCCCUGGCCACGGAGAAGAUGGCUGAGUGGCAGAGGGAAGCGUCCCACAUGGAAAAGUCCCUGCCUGCCAAUCACCCCAUCCUGCAGGCCUGUGUGCACAUGAUCACUAGUUUCCAGCAGUUUCUGCCCCUGCUUGAGAAGCUGGCCAGCCCACUCAUGAAGAGUAGCUGCUGGAGGGAGUUCUUCACGGCAAUGGGAGUGAAGUGCCCUGUCAACCUGCAGUUCACGCUGGGCCAGCUGCUGUCCUACCCGCUUCUGGAACACAGCGACACCAUCCUCAAGAUCUGGUCAAGUGAGCGAGGCCGUUGCCGCUCCCUGGACAUCCUGCGCCGGCUGCAGAAGGCCUGGGCUGAGAGGCAGUUCCGUUUGGUCAACUUCAUCCUGAGCGUGCCCUACCAGGCCCCACUGCCCGACCGUGCCCGCCGGCCGCCCAGCAGGCGCUACCGCCCACCCAAGCAGGAGUACGUCUCCAAGGACAGCGGCACCUUCGUGCUGGCUGACACAGCAGAACUCAAGGCCCUGACGGAGAAAAGCCUGCUAACCUUGAAGAACAUCAUCCUCUCACCCCACGCCAUGGAGCUCCGGGAGGAGGCAGAGAGCUGGACCAGAGCCCUGCUGGAUGUCUGGGUCAGUUUCCAGCAGAAGUGGAUUUUCCUGAAUAUAGUGCUGUAUGAGAUGGACAUCAGCCUGCCCAGCAGCGAGCUGGAUUGCCUGUUCCAGAAGCUGGACAGCAGGUUCCGGGAGCUCAUGCAGGUGACGUCCAAGCACCCCCUGGUGCUAUCCAGCAUGAUGCCUAUGGCCACCUCCAACCGGGAAAGCCGCUUUAUGGGUGUGCCCCUGCAGACCAUGCUGAGCGAGGGGGUUGAGGACCUGCAGCGCAUCAUCCACGCACUGGAGUACGUGCUGGAGGCUACGCGCAUGGGCUUCCCCCGCCUCUUCUUCCUCAGCAACACAGAGGUGGUGGCUAUGAUGGCCUCACCUGCGGAGCCCAUGGAGGUGACCACCUGGGCCCGCCGCUGCUUCCCAACUGUGCACCAGCUGGCCUUCCGUGAGCCCUCGGCCACUCGAGACCCUGCCACCUAUGCUGUCCUGCUGCCCAGGGCAGAGGCCACGGGCCUGGUGGGAGCCUGUGGGGAGACGGUGCCGUUGUGUUCCCCGUUGCUCCUCAACCAGAAGGUCACUAAAUGGCUGUGCGCCCUGGAGCAGCGCAUGAAGGAGGCCCUCUUCCACCUGCUGCAGGCAUGCAUGGCCCAGCGCCUGGCUCUGCGGCCCCAGCUCGACGUGGCCUUCGAGCACCACCCAGGUCCCACCGAGCUGCCGCUGCACCUGCUGGUGGAGCACUGGGGGCAGCUGGCAACAAGCUUCCCGGCCCAGUGCGUGCUGCUGGCCGAGGAGGCCUUGUGGUUUGCGGAUGUGCAGGAGCGGCUCUUCGGCCCCGUGCGCAGGCUUGGCCUCAAGCUCAAGCACCGACUCAAGCUGGAGGCCCUGGCCCACUAUGUCCGGAACUACCGCAGCAGCCAGGCCGGGCAGCCGGGCAGCGGGCAGCUCAGCACCCUGCUGGGGGCCCUGCUCACGGUCACCGUGCGCCAGCGCGACGUGCUGGCCCACCUGCUGCAGCGCAAGGUCGACUCACCCACCGCCUUUGCCUGGGCCCAGCUGCUCAAGUACCGGCUGGUCCUGCACCCUGAGAGUGCCAGGGCAGUCGGGGCCCCCCUUGAGAGCUGGGCCGCCAGCCCCCCCGGCUGCUGGGCCGAGGUCCUCGACAUCCACCUGCACUAUGGCUAUGAGUAUGUGGGGAACUGCCCCCACCUGGUGGGGGGCCCUCAGCUGGAGAGGAGCUUCUUGGGCUUACUGCUUGCCCUGGAGGAGUUCCGCUGUGGUGCGGCUCUGGGCUGCCACGGGGUCGGGAAGACGGCCACCAUGCAGCACCUGGCCAGGGCUCUGGGCCGCCAGCUCGUCACCCUGCACUGCUCCCAGCAGAUGGGCCUUGGCCUCCUCCGCCAACACCUGAGUGGGGCUGUGCAGGCCGGGGCCUGGCUGCUGCUGGAGGCAGUGGACCAGCUGGGGCCCGGUGUCCUGUCAGGGUUCAGCCAGCUCCUGUCAGACCUGCAGAUGCUCUGCAUGGGCCUGCAGGUGGAGACGGGCCAGGUGAGCCCCAGCCACAAAUCCAAGAGCAGGGACGGGGAGGGGCAGGAGCAGCCUGCAAGGACCCUGCCAGAGCUGGGCCUGAAUGAAGCUGAGCCGUACCAGCCCCGCGUGCUGGGCAACAUCCUCUUCGGGGAGCGGCUGCUGCGGGUCAGGGAGACCUACGGCUGCCUGGCCACCCUGCAGCGUCUCCCUGAGCUCCUGCGCCUGGCCCUUCGCCCCGUGGCCCUGCUGCCCCCCGACCUGCACAAGGUGGCCGAGGUGACCUUGCUGGCAGCUGGCUUCCGGGAAGCAGCACACCUGGCCAAGAAGCUGAGCUAUUUCUUCUGGCUGGAGGGGGAGCUGGGCCCGGGCCCUGCACCCAGCCGGCUGGCCCUGUUCAAGGGGGUCAUUGAGGCAGCCAUUGGCAUUGUGUAUCCACCUGUGGUGAGGCCAGAGCCAGAGCCCGGGGAGCAGCUCACAGCCCAGCAGUCGUCCUUCGAGAGCCUGGCUGAGGAGCCUGCCCUCAUCCAAGCUCUCUGCCUCUCGCCCUUCUUGUCUGCCCUGGAGGACCCCCGGCUGAGUCGAGUGUGGGAGCUGCUCCGAGGGGUCUUCCCUGCCUCCUGCUCCCUGGUCCCCGAGGCCCAUGCGCCCCCCAGGCUGCUGAGUGCUGUGACAGCGCAGCUGCACGAGGACAAGCUCCACGCAGACCCCGAGCUCACCAGCACCAUAGUGCAGCUUUGCCAGGCCCUGCUGGGCUCACCGGGGGUCCUGCUGGUGGGGCCCUCUGGCAGCGGCAAGACCACAGCCUGGAAGACCCUGGCUAAGGUGCUGAGCAGGCUGGCUGUGAGUGCGUCCUUGGAGCUGGCGCCAGGAGCGGGCAGGCCAGGCACUCGGAAGGACGUGGCAUACCUGCCCAUCAGCACUGUCUGCCUGUGCCCCAACAGCCUCAGCACCGCUGAAUUCCUGGGCAGGCUUGAGGGAGGCAUCUGGAGGGAGGGCGUUUUCUCCAGGCUCCUGCAGAGAAUGGCUUCCUCAGCCCCUGCGGCUGGGCUGGCCGUGUCAGGCACCCAGCAAUGGCUGGUGCUGGACGGGUCUGUCAGCUCCGAGUGGCUGGAUCCCAUCUCGUCGCUGUUCAGCGCAGAGCCCACUCUCAGCCUGCCAAACGGGCAGCGGCUCCAUCCCCCAGAGGGUGUGAAGUUCCUCUUUGAGCUGCCUGAUGCCUCCAGCAUCUCACCGUCCAUCUCCACACACUGCACCCUCCUGCACUGUGGGGGCUCGUGUGUCUGGCGAGCACUGCUGGCCUCAUCCCUAGCCACCAUCUACCACACGUACAGCGUGAGCCAGGAGAGCGUGGUCAUGCUGCGUGGCCUCGCUGAGGAUGUCUUCCCUCCCACGCUCACCUUCCUGCAGCAGCAUUGCAGCUCUGUGCUGCAGCCUCACGCCGACCUGCGCAGCCCCAUGGCCUGGGGCAUCCCAGAGACCACAGCCUUCACCAGGCUCCUGAAGGCUCUGCUGGACCAACACCUGAGCCAUGACAAGGCGAAGGCCCAGCCCCUGAGAAGGGAGGACCAGGCAGUGGCUGAGACCAGCGGUGCUGGGGUCUCAGCUGCCCCUUCACACUGGGGCUUGGAUGAAGCUGUCCCACCCCAUCACCACCUGCUCGUCCGCAGCAUCUUCGUGUUUGCCUACAUCUGGGGCUUCAGUGGCCACCUGCACCCCAGACACUGGGCCAUCUUUGACAGCUUUGCCCGUAGAGUCCUGUACAGCAGCAGCUAUGCCAUAGAGCUGCCUUCAGCCGAUUCUGUCUUUGACCUCUAUCCCCAGCCUGAGGAUGGGAAGCUGGAGGUCUUUGAUGGGAAGUAUCUGUCCGGCAGAAUCAAGGCAGUUCCUGAGAGUUUCACCAUCCUGCCCCAGUACGAGCGACUCCUCUACGUGCUGGACCUGCUCCUGGGCUCGAGGCAGCCAGUGCUCCUGGCCGGGGAGCCCAGCUGCGGCAAGUCAUCCUUCGCAGAGCUGCUGAUCCAGCCCAAUCACUUCUACCAUCGUGUCGCCAUCUCGCCUGCCCUCGGCGCGGACCACGUGCGCCGGCUGCUGGAGAGCCACAUCCUGAGCAGCAUGCGGGACAAGGCCCUGUUCACCGGCCUCCCUGGGUCCCGGCCCCCUGGCGCCAGGGGCGGGAGGAGCUGCUACCUGCUCCUGCUGGAUGACCUGCACGCCGCCGAGCUGAGCCUACACAACAUGUUCGCAGACCAUCUAAGCAGCAUUUUCAGAAUCACAAAUGGUUCACAAAGGAUUCAGGUGUCAAGUCCACUGUCAAUCAGAGAGCUGCUCUUCUACCCGAAGGACGAGCUCCCCAACGACCUGUUCCAGGCUCUGGGCCAGGUGGUGUCGGACGAGAGCUUCUGCGCUGCCUCCCUGCAGAGCGUCAGCAAAGCCGCGGCUGCCCUGUGCCAGUGGAUCUGCGCCAUCUACUGGUACCACCGGGCUCUGCGCAUCUGGGAGCCCACCUUGAUGCAGCUGCAGCACUGCAAGUUCCAGAUUCGGGCGGAGAAGGGGCGGCUGGGCGACCGGCGCCUGCAGGCUGAGAAGCUGAACGAGUUGAGCUCGAGCUGGGGCUUGGAGCUGCUGCAGGCCACCGAGCAUCAGGAGGCCCUGGCCCGCGAACUCAGUCACGUCCUGCAGGAGAAGGAGAAGGCUGACACCGUUGAGAGCUCGGUGGCAACGCACGUGGCCAACUGGACAGCGGCUGUGAAGCACUUGGAGCAGAACUGCAGCACGGCCCAGGGGGACGCACUCCUUUGUGCAGCCGCUCUCUCCUACAUGGGCGCCUUCCCCCCGCCGCGGCGCCAGGAGCUGCUGGAGAAGUGGCAGGAUAUCUGUGCCAGGCGCCAAAGCUCCCUGGGGCCAGACGACGUGCGGAGGUUGCUGGAGAAGGAGCUGCCCUGCCCUGGCCCAGCCCCCCGGGGCCCAGCCCUGCUGCCUGUGCGCCAGGACUUCAGCUUGCUGGCCCUGCUGAGCUCAGAGAGGGAGCAGCGUGCCUGGGACAGGGACCAGAAGCCGCAGGACUGGGCCGGGCGCCAGGCCGCCCUGCUGCUCCGCACAGACACUCACGCCUGCUCCCGCUGCUGGUCCCUGCUGCUCGACCCUGACCAGCAGGCCCUCACCUGGCUCCUCAUGGCACAGAAAGCGGAUGAGGACGAGUCCCUGCUCUUCGCCGGCUCGGACACGCUGUCCAGUGCCGAGGAGUCAGGGAGCAAUGAAGAGUCACCUGAGAAAAAUCUCCAGGUGCUGUCGGCUACAGACCCCAGGCUGGAGCACAACCUCCUGGCUGCAGCCAGCACCGGGCUGCCCAUCCUGCUCCUGGACUUUGAGAGGAGCCCCUGCUGCCCGGCUCUCCUGCAGCUCCUGCAGAAGGAGACGCUGCUGGGGGCGGGGGGCUGCACCCUGCACUCCGAAUCGCUCGGGGUGGUGCAGGUGCUGCCCUCUUUCCGGCUCUACCUGAGCACCACUCUGCCGCUCCGUGCCUUGGGGAAAGAAAAGAAGGAGUAG